AUGCCUCGGGCAUAUCUUCGCUUUGCCUCUUCUUUAGCUUCUAAGGAUUCUGAAUUGCCAAAGGUUGCAUCAGUAUCUAAAGAAGAAACGGUAAGAAUAAACAUUCAUUUUAAUUUCAAUAGUUAUUAGCCAAUGUAUGACUUAUAGAAAAAGUAUGUUUUAGAGUGUAUCCAAAGUAGAAGACAAGUUAGAAAAGAUUAAUUUGUUGGGGGAACUUUUGGUAGGAGAACUAGAAGCAACAAAUGACGAGGAUAAACCUGGGUUUUUUGCUUCAGGCAACGUCAGAAGAUACGAUUCUGAGUUGGGAGAAUCUCGACCAGCCAACAGAUUCAGAAAUAUUGUCUACGACGAAGGCGAACUUGACAAUUCAGACUUUACGAAGCCUCCGUCUUUGUAUGUGAUUAUUGUUUUUGUUUGCAGUUUUUUACUAUGUCUUUUACAGUAUGAUUUACUUUGACACGAGUAAUAUGGUAUUUGGAUUAAAUUUCGUAAAAACUAUGAUUUUCAUUAUUUUGUUUAAUCUCAUUUGACUAGACUAAAAAGUUGAAAUUACAGAGAAAACCCCCACCCUCUGGAUGUCAGUAAUCUUCCACCAACUCAUGCCACUAGUCUAGUAGCCUACGUUAAUCAUCUACCGGUAUUACAGAAACUUGUGGAUAUUAGCGUAGACUUGUAUAAGGUAAGUUUGUAAAAAUUAAUAUUUUACUUUUGAAAGUUGCCAACUUUAAUUACGGUGUUUUAGGUAGAUAAUGAGCCCAAACUGGGAAGGAAGUUAAUGUAUCUUAACUGGGAACAAGAUGUUUUACCGAGAAUAAAGUGGUUGGUCCAGUAUCUCAGAGUACCAGCUCCAGAGAUAGGAUCGUAUUUCACGAGGAACCCUUAUUUUCUACUACAAGAUACGAACAGGUUACAGGACAGAGUGAAUUACUUAAAGUCGAAGAUGUUCACCCAAAAAGAGAUACGGAAGAUGGUCAUAGAAUACAGGUAAGUUACUGUUAUGUUAAAUUAUUGUUCAUAUUACGAAGUGUUAUGAUUAUGUAUGUUAAUUUACUUACAAUGAACGUAUUUUAUAGGGAAUAUUUUAAAAGUUGAUUUGUACUUUAGGUAUUGGCUGAACCAAGAAAUAGAUGUAAUCGAUGGUAGAUUGGGGUGGAUUCAGAAACAGUUUCAGUUGAGUGGCAGGGACCUGAGGAAGAUGAUAGUCAAGGAGCCUAGGAUAAUACAGUUUGGCAUCGGGCCUUUGUCUGUGAGUUUGUUUCACCAUUCGCUGAUUGUUAUAAGUGGCACUGUUUCUGGAUUUAUAUGUAUUUUUGCAAUUGUUAUAUAUAUAUCUAAUGUAAUAUGUCUUUGCAGCGUAUAACUAUGUUAAUGAACAACGACUUCUCGUUAGGUGCUGGUGAAAUCAAAAGUAUAUUUAUCAACGACCCACGAUGUUUUAUGAUGGGUAAAUGCUUGAUUUUCUUAUAAUAGACUAUAUUAACAGUUAUGGUAAUGUUACUAUGCUCAGUAUUAUUUAAAUUUUAUUUUCUCACUGUGUUUUAGAUCCUAAAGCCCUCGAGAUUACCUACAAUUAUUUGCACCAAGUAAUGCAAAUAGAAAACGAACAGAUUGUACAGUACCCCAUGGCCUUACGAUGUUCAGUAGCCAUGUUACGAAGAAGAUACGACUUUCUAAGACGAUUAAAGAAGGACCAAAUGAAUCCAGAGCUCCCGAACUACAUCUCGCUACAGAAAUUACUACAUCCGAGUGACAAAUACUUUGCCGAAACCGUAUGUUCAACUCCUUUGGCUGAUUACCAAAAGUUUUUGAAGACUUUGUGA